UUGCAACACUUACAGGAAGCUUUUAGGGAAAAAAAAAUAUACCUAUGAAUAUUCAAAGUGUAACAGAGAUCCACUUCUUCUGAUCAGGUGUUCAACCUUUCUUUUGUCAGGUAGUGGUGGAUUGUUGGACCCCAAAUGCUUCAGGGGAUUUGCCAAAUCAGAGAUGAAUGUGAGUGACGUCCUUGUGUUCAGAGUGACGUUUUGAGGGGUGUGCCACAUGCUCUUGACUGACUAAAAAAAAACCAAACUUCAACACACAGCAGCAGCAGCAACAGCUGCAUGUACAUGUAGUUGUGUUUGGACCACAUGAGAAGCUAUGAAAGCUCCAGGAGUUAAUUUCUUCAGCGUUUCACGUCGACACACGCCGGCUCCUGUGAUCAGAACGGCUAACCCGGGUUCCUUUAACAGAUGGACUCUCUGCCUGCUUGCCAUCUUCUUGACAGUUUCCUCUGCUCAGAUAACUCCCUCCCGUAUUCCUCCUCCAUUCCAGCCUCCCCCUCCAACAACAGUAGCACCAUUUCCAGGUGUAACAACCACUGAUCUGUCUUCACCUGCUUCACCACAUCCUCAUUCUACACUGGGACCAUCUUUAGGUACAAGCCCCAUCCCUUCAUCUUCUGCUGCUUCUCCUCCCCAUCCUACGACAGUAGGACCCCCCCCAGGUAAAUCCUUUGGAGUUUAUUACUUCAUCACCAUCACUGUGAAUGAAGCAGAACCCAAGAAUGGAAGUCAAAUUAAUGACUGGCUGAAGCGGGUUUUCCAGAGUAAUCUGCAGAGGUGCGUCCUCCCAGGGCCUCUGAGCACGACCGCCACCGGCCCAACUUCCCCUCCAUCCUCUUCAAACACGCAAGAAGGAAACAAUACUUCUCUAUUUCUGGGAGUGGAAGUAUCAUGUCCUUUCAAAACAUUAACAAAUACCACAUGCACCGCAACACUACGGCUCAAUCAGCCGGUGUCUCCAUGUUGCAUCCUCUGUGUUGCCACUAAAAACUCAUCGGGCAUCUCUGUGGUGGGAAACAAGGCUGAGAGAAUCAGCCCUCUUCAGCCAGUGUGCAGCACUCUUCCAGAGGAGCAAACCAGCUGCAUUUACACUGGAUCAAACCAAACCCAAUGUGAAGAGGUUGGACCUGCAUAUGUGGUUCCACAAAACAACGCAACGAUUUGUGGAACCCAAGAGCCCCAGAAUAACACAGCGAACAUCACGUGUGACUGCUCUGCUUACUGCAAUGGAUCAAAUGCCUUCUACACAUUUUUACUCUCAGUUGAAGAUCCAAAUAAUUCUUCCCAAGUCUACACACUGAUUUCUAAGCUAAAUGAAACUUGUUUCACAAACGAGACAUGUUUACCAUUUGUUAAUGGAUCCCAAUACAAGGGUGCCAACGUAAAUUGUGAGGUGUCAGCAAACAGAAGCCAAAGCUGCAGAGUGCUUUUAGGAUUUAGCGCUAAAGUUCCAACAUGUUCCUUGCACUCAGCUGUGAAAACAAUCCUUCAGUUUGUAAAGGAAAUCCAAUACAAUGGGACGGUCCGGCGAGCAGCGAUUUGUGGAAACUUCAAGAUGGAGGACGAUCUGUCGAACGCCCAAUUUACUUGGGCUAACAUUUCCCCAAAGCCUGCCAACUUUUGUGCUGGAAUGCAUGAAUAUAAUACCAGCACCUGUCAAAACCAGACAAAUGUCAUUGAGCCGCUGGAUGAGUGGUGCAGCGACAGUGGUAGUGGCGGCUCCUCUUCAUCUUCUUCAAGCGGUGCGACAGCAACAAAACAACCUACCACUUCCACCAAAGGCGUAACCACAACAACCACAACUGCUGCUGCCACACAGAACACGACGACGAAAGCAACCACAAGCAGCUCCAGCAACUCUUCAGCGACCACGUCCGCCACAGUCUCGGAUGAGAGUCUGGCUGCAGCACUGCUCAAGCGCACAGAGAACGUUUCCAAUCUGACGUCCAGUGAGAUAGAUCAGCUGGUGUCAGAGCUGGAAAAACUCUUGUCAGGCUCAAACGUCAGCCUGGCUCUGGGAAACAUCUCAGUUUUUAUCGUCAACAACCUGCUGGGCGCCUCGCCUGAGAAGCUGUCAAACUCUUCCAACAGGAUCAUCCGGAUUGUUGACACUGUGGGGUUUAAGCUCGUUCUUGGAGCCAACUCGGAGAGUCUGCUUGCUCCAUCGAUCGCUCUGUCGGUGGCACCCGCCAACGGCGCUAAUUUCCAGGAGUCCAAUUUCUCCAUCACAGACCCCAAUAACGUUCAGGUCAGGGAGCAGUCGAGGAUGCAGGUUAGGUCCUCCGGGUUUCAGGGCUCUGCCAGACUGCCCCCCUUUCUCACUCAGAACCUGCCCAAUGAGGAGCAGAAGCAAGCCUCCAGAGUCCAUUACAAUUUCUAUCAGAAGAGCACGCUGUUUCAGGACAAGUCGCUGGGUCAACGUAAACUUAACAGUGGCGUCCUCGGAGCAACUGUGGGCAAUCUUUCUAUCAGUGGAUUAAAUCAAAAUGUUACAAUUUUCCUGAGACACACAGAACCUGUUCCAGCAAAUUUUGUGGCAACAUGUGUUUUCUGGGAUUUCAGUCUCAACAGUGGAUCAGGCGGUUGGAAUUCAGAUGGUUGCGUAGUCCAAACCACUACAGAAAAUGAGACAACUUGCAGCUGCAACCAUUUGACCAGUUUUGCUAUCCUGCUGGACCUAUCCAGGGAAAAUUCAAUCAGUGCUGUUCAGAACACCAUCCUCACCUUCAUCACAUACAUUGGAUGUGGAGUUUCUGCCAUCUUCUUGGCCUUCACUCUCCUCACCUACCUGCUCUUUGAGAAAUUACGCAAAGACAUACCGUCCAAAAUCCUGAUCCACUUGUGCUUCGCUCUGCUGCUGCUCAACCUGGUGUUCCUGGUGGACGCGUGGCUGGCGCUCUACACAGACGCCGUGGGGCUUUGCAUUUCCACUGCUUGGUUUCUCCACUACUUCCUGCUGGCGUCCUUCACGUGGAUGGGGCUGGAAGGCGUCCACAUGUACAUGGCUCUCGUGAAAGUCUUCAACAGCCACAUAGCACACUACAUGCUGAAGUUUUCCGCGGUCGGAUGGGGCGUCCCCAUGGUUGUGGUUAUUAUCGUCAUCGCAGUUGACAUCAACAACUACGGCCUUGUGUCCUAUGGGAAAUAUACAGACGGCACAACUGACGAAUUCUGCUGGUUGAAGAACGACAUUGCUUUCUACGUGGCCGUGGUGGCCUACUUCUGCGUUAUUUUCCUCUUUAACUGCUCCAUGUUGAUCGUCGUCCUGGUCCAGCUGCAGCGGAUAAAAAGGCAGAACCCCCAAAACAACCAGCACCGCUCCACGAUGCAGGAUCUGCGCAGCGUCACAGGAAUUACUUUCCUGCUUGGUCUCACUUGGGGUUUUGCCUUCUUCGCUUGGGGUCCUGUCAACCUGGCCUUCAUGUACCUCUUUGCCAUUUUUAACUCUCUUCAAGGUUUCUUUAUAUUUGUGUUCCACUGUGCAAUGAAGGAAAGUGUGAGGAAGCAGUGGAGCGCCCACCUAUGUUGUGGCCAACUGAGACACUCAGAAAACUCAGAGUGGAGCCACAGUGCUACAAAGAAGAAAGCCAGAAACUUCUCCACGUCCAAACUGACGUCUUUUCACUCCUCACACUUGUCCCGCGUCAAAAGCUCGCCCAGUUCCUCUUUCCUGGUCAGCAACACUUCAGACCAGACAAACGGCAUUGGUAGUCCAUUCGACGACAACGUCAUCACAGCUGAUGAGGAUCCGAGCAUGGACGUCGUCCUCAAUGAGAUCAACAGUCAAUACCGACACCAAGACUCUUGAUACAAAACCAGGAGAGCAAUCUGAUCAACUACAUUUAGCACAAUUAAUUAUUUAUAUGUUUGUUAAAUUAUAAUUUAUUGAAUUAUUUUCUACAAAUCACAAGUUGUUUUUCUCAAAAUGCAAAUGUAUCUCACUCUUUGUACAGAUUUGUUACAGAUGCUUUUUUAUAUGCACAUAAAUGAAGUAUUUAUGGA